AUGACUGCACCGAACGACCAAUACAAGCGCGUUAUUCUCGUUACCGGUUCCAACACUGGAAUCGGCUACGACAUUGUUAGGCUCCUCGCAGAGAAAGGACAUACCGUCUAUCUUGCAUCGAGGAAGGAGAGUGCAGGGAAGGAGGCACAGGCGAAGUUGAAAAAGGAGCACAACCUUGAUGUCAAGUUCGUUCAGCUCGAUAUUACGGACGAAGCCUCAGUCAAGGCUGCCAAAGAGACCAUCGAAAAGGCGGAGGGAAGACUAGACACGCUAGUCAACAACGCUGGUAUGAGUUACAUGUCAGAGCCCCAGCAAGCUAGCUCAGUGUCGCUCACCACAAUUCGUAAUGCCUUUGAACCCAACUUUUUUGGCCUGAUACAGACAACGCAAGCAUUUUUGCCUCUUCUUCGUGCAGCUCCUAAAGGCUACGCAUGCAUUGUCAACAACACGUCCGAUAUGGCAUCUAAUGCUCACCAAGCCGGCCCCAAAGCUUCUAUCCAUAUCGUCGCAUACAACACGAGUAAAGCUGCAGCAAACUCUUACUCGAUUGCGUUGGCGAAGGAGUUGGAAGAAGAGGACAUUAAAGUGAAUACAGUCACGCCUGGGUUUACAACAACCAAGUUGAAUGGCUUCCGGCCGGGUGGGAAAACGACGGAGGAAGGUGCCUCUGUCCUUGUUCCUUGGGCAUUGUUAGGGCCCGAAGAUAAGGGCAAGACUUGCUUGUUCUGGAGUUACAAGGGAGAAUUUCCAUGGUAA